AUGUUUACCUUUUUCAACCUGAGCUCCGCUGCUGAUUCAGUGGCGAUCCAGCUUGCACUUCGCGGCAAGACCAUUACAGGUCUUACGAAGAGGGCUUUGAAAGUCAACAUUGCCGGUCCAGCACCUCCACGCUACGAUCCUGCGACCAAACAUGGAAGCCGAGCAAAGUGGCAAAUAUGUGGUACAACCUGCGGUACCGACACCCACAUCCUCCGUGACAUCGAGACCAAAGCCGAGCGUUGCACCGAGAUUCAUGGCGAAGCCAUCCUCAGUGGUUGCUCCUCCAGCUGUGAAAGCUGUUCCGAAGGCGGCUUCGGUGGCUUCGAUGAGUCG